CAAGGCGCUAAGAUCAUUCUGUCUGCUGCGAGUGAGUGAAUGUUGAUGGGUUAUGUGCAGAUGUUGUGAUCUGUCUUUUGAAACAUGUCUAAGCAACAAUCAUUUAGUGUGUCUAUAAGUAAACGUUUAACCACAGCUGCUGUUGACAUUUUUGGAGUAGUUGAGAAGUCGGUAUUGGAGUAUCAGGAAGAGAAUAAUCGGCUACGAAGAAUACUUGGAAUCGCACCGGAGAUAAACAUAAUAUGUGCAAAAGAAUCCCUGCAAGAACAGGAGGAACUCAGGACCAGUCAAGAGGAAGAGCAUCUUCAAGGGAUCUUUAAUACAGAAGACUACAGAUGUAUUCCUCCCAUUGAUCAGGAGGAUCCGGUUCAGGAGGCCAUAUUAGCCAAUUACCCCACUCUCAGUCCACUGAAAGUCUCUAAACUACAGUCAUUUUGUGUGUUUUUAAAUAAGUGUCUAACAGUUUCUACAGCUGUGGAGAUUUUGAAGGCAGUUGAGAAAACUGUAGCCGAGUACCAGGAGGAGAAUGAUCAGUUACGGAGACUUCAGCAGAAAACACCAGAGAUAAAGCUAUAUAGGAUAGACGCCUUGCAGUUCUCACUCACUGUCUCUGAAGAGGAGGUUCCCCUGGAGCAUCAGCACUGUAAGCAGGAGUGGAGUCCCAGUCUGGGGGAUGAGGACCCACAGACCAAACAGAUUAAAGUGGAACCGGAGGAACUUAGGACCUGUGAGGAGGAAGAACAGCACAGCUCAGCCUUAAACAGUGACCCAGUAGGACUUGACAGCAUCCCACCAGUGGAUCCCAGCACCACACCUAGAAAAACACAUGCCUACCCUGACAGUGGUAAAACAAUUGCUCUGAAAGCAGACCUGAAUAGGAAUUUGAUAGUGGCCAAGAACGGAAACAAUGAAUGUAUAUUCUGCCAAAAACAAUACAGCUCCCCCAGGCAACUGAAGGCCCAUGUCCGAAAAAGUCACACAGAGGAAUCCUGCAACUGCCCUAUUUGUGGGAAGACCAUAAAACGCAAAAUAUAUCUGUCCCAGCACAUGAGGAUUCACACAGGAGAGAAACAAUUUAGCUGCAAAGACUGCGGCAAAAGCUAUUUUCGUAAGAACCACCUAAACCGCCAUUUAAUUAGUUGCACUCAAAAUAAAUCACUUUCCUGUGCUGAGUGUGGGAGAAGAUUUGCUUCGAUGUCAAACCUAAACCAACAUAAACAGAUACACAUAAGACAAAGACCAUGUACUAGUGGUGAUGGUGGAAAAUGCUUCAAAGAUGAGAAAACCCUUUCUCGGCAUAAACCGACACACAUCUUAGGGAAACCUUUUAGCUGUGGUGAAUGUAGGAAAAGCUUCUGUUUCAGGUCGAGCCUAGACCAUCAUCAACUGAUUCACACUGGAGAGAAAAUAUUUAGCUCCGUUCAGUGUGGAAAAGGUGUCGGCUUCAAGUCAAACCUAAACCAACAUGACACGUUGCACACAGGAGAGAACACAUGUAACUGUGUUGAGUGUAGGAAAAACUUCAUUUUGAAAUCAAGCCUGAACAAACAUAAACCGUUGCAUGCAGGAGAGAAACGAUUUCGCUGUGAAUGUGGGAAAAGCUUUGGUCAAAAGAAACACCUGACCAAGCACGAACGGACUCACACAGGAGAGAAACCAUUUACCUGUGGUGAGUGUGGAAAAAGCUUUGGUCGAAAGGAUCACCUUACCAAGCAUGAACGGACUCACACAGGACAGAAAACAAUUAGGUGUGGUGACUGUGGAAAAAGCUUUGGCCGAAAGGAUCACCUUAUCAAGCAUGAACAGACUCACACAGAACAGAAACCAAUUAGCUGUGAUGUCUGUGGGAAAGGAUUCAGUGAGAAAAGCUUCCUAACCACUCAUAAACUGACUCACACUGGAGAGUCACAGGGAUCUCAAAUCUUUUGACACUGUCUUGACAUUCUCUAUGAGGAAAAACGUCAGUAUCAAAGGAACUUAACAGUUCAUAAACAUACACAAAAAGGUUAUUACAGGAGGAAUAUCAGUAAUUAGCAGCAUCUAACCAGGCAUAAACUGAGCUACACAGGACAGACUGCUGAAAAUGAAUAAUGUCCACAUAUACUAUAGAAAACAAAAAGAUAAAGAACAAGGACAAAGGUCUUUCCUCAGAAGGUGGGAAUAAAAUAUGACACUUGAAGGAAAGCAAAGCUUUUGACCACGACACUACAGGAUAGCCAGGUUGACAAAUGUUCUCUGGCUUGUAAAGACUACAUCCUGAUGGGAGUACUCUGCACUGAUUCUUCAUACUGUGGGUUUCACAUAUUAAAUGGAUGUUAUGAACUGA